CACAUUUGGUCUUUUUCAAUCAUUUUGGAAGACAAUCCAGAGCAGGUCUGCUUUAAGACGCUGGAUGCAUUUUGAAGCCUGAUGCCGCAAACCUUAUUUCGAAAAUGUUGUGCACAGAAUCAGGAAUGUUGUUGAUCUGCAGCUCUGUGGGGAACAACGAGCUGCUCUCUGAUCAGGAUGUGUUUUUCAUACGGGCAACAGUUGGAAUGACUGUAGUCUGGCUUUAUGUGUCGCAAUGGAUUUAGAUGGAUUCCAGAAGCUAUCAGUCAGUUUAGAUCGGAGAGUUUUCUCAAGUGACCGGCUGCUAAUUUAAUCGAUUCUAAUUUCUGGAAGAGAGAUUCCUCUUUUAUCAGCAAGUAGUGAGAACUGCAGUCAGUCAGAUCGACUCGGAUUAUGCCGAAUUGACGGUGUGUUUGUUCAUUGAGCUGCUGGAGGCAGAAGGAUGGAAAUGGUGCAACCCGGACAGACGAGGAGACUCCGGAGCUCAGCUCGUCCCGGUGCGACGACAGUCUAAGGCUUCUGGCAGAGUUUAAGCAGGACAAAACUGUGCCAUGAAGACUGAGAUGUGCAGAGGCAUUAGACCACCAUCUCCACCCUGCAGACGGAAGCCGCGUUUCUGUCUACGAGGCAAAAUGAAGAAGGACAGGAUGAUUCAAGGCAAGCUUCGCAUCCGUUCUAUGCCCGGAGCUUUCCUGGUUCUGGGGGUCAUUGUGGUAGCUGUUGGAACUGCUCUGGCUGUAGCUGGUUACUGGCCCUAUCGGUUUUCAAGGUCAUCCAUAAUAGAAGAUACAGAACCGGAAAGCAUUUCGGAUCCGCAGACAUCCAGUUGGAGUCUGGGUACCAAGGGGCUCUUUUCUCCAGCCAGUCUCGUCCAUGGUGACCGCAUGAAGCUCCUGGGGCCAGUAAUCAUGGGAGUCGGAUUAUUCAUCUUGAUAUGUGCAAACACUGUCCUAUAUGAAAAUAGAGAUAGAGAGACUCAGAUGCUUCUAGCUCAGAUGCGCAAUGUUAUCUGCUCUGUAUCAGCAGCUGUGCCCUCUGCAGGCCUCAGAGACUUGGCAGUAGCCAGCUCUAUGACCAAACACUAUCAGUGGGUAAGCAGUCUGCCUGCUGCUCAUCUCAAUAUCAUGUGUCUGCAGCAGCUGGCAUGCUCUGAGCCCCUACUGCAGACCACCUACAUCAGGGACAAGGAGGGCAGUGUGGAAGGCAUCUACCAGCAAACAGACCUGAAGACAGAAGCUCUGACUCAUCACAAAGAGUCAGAGCCUGUACCCUCACCCCCUUCAUCCUUGUGUAAGUCAUGUGAUCACUGCCAGGUAGACGGUAAUUCUCAGACAGGGGAAGAGCUGUGGAGCAAACACUGUUUCAGUUUACAGACUGCCCCACUCCUCAAGCUUAAUUUCUGCCUUGUGUCUGCUAGCUCCAUGUCCAACCUUAAGCUGGAAGAGGUGGAUAUUCCUGCUGCCCAACACAGGCGUUGUCAGAGUAUGAGCUACAGGACUAAGCCUUACAAAGCCCAAAUUGGGCUACACUUCGAGAAGGAACUCUUCCCAUGCAAAAAGAACAUUCAUACAAAUCAGCUCCAAAUCAAUAAAAAAGAGAUAAGUUCCCUGGGUUGUGUGAGGAUCCCUGUAGAGACGACAGAUGCAGAAGAGGACCCAACCGGUGGAAGCUGGCCUCGACUAGAACUGGGAAGUGGGAGACGAUACCUGAAACUGGAGAACAAAGAGGACUCUGUGGACAAACUCCUGGGCCAGUUGGAGCAUCAGUGUUCCUACUGGGAUAAGAGUUUUGGCUCUGGGCCAUUCCAGUGACAGAUGUUGGAUUAAAAAAAUUGAAAAACAAGAAAAUGAAAUAUUUUUCUAUUUUUAGUCUUAAAUUAUUUGGGAUUAGAUAACAAAUGAUGUCAUACAAUAUGGACAAAAUUAUUUACCAGCAGAAUUUUAAAGAAUUACUUUGUUGUGGGUGAAGUGUUGAAGAGCAACUAUGACUUUUUAAUUUGGAUAGAAGUAGUUGAAGCUCUCCAUUUUUAAAGAAGAGGAGCAUCACAAACUGCCUGCUGAAGACAAGUGGAGAUAUUUUUUGCCUUUUCAAUUUUUUUGGGCAGUAAAACAAGAAACUACCAUUUCUUGCCAAAUGAAUGGGCAUGUUUCCCAUACAAACAUUGUGCACUGGUAGUAAUGACACACAGUAGUGUUACUUCUCUAUACACAUUUCUGAACCAAUUUACUGUAUCAGGGCUCAUGAGGCCAUAUAUUGCUGACAGCUCUCAAAAAAUGGAACUGCUAUAUAAAAUCAGACAUCUUAUGUCUCUAAUGACAAAUGCAACUGCAUGUUACAAUAGACCACAUAUGCAAACUAAAUGUCAAUGAAAUGUUGUUCUGCUAAUUGUCCAAAAUAAUUGUAACCUUUUCUACAACUUGGAUCUUAUUUUCUUGUUUGGCAAAUAUUUGCAUCAGUUCUGAUUACAUUAUUUAGUCUUUUUGCCUGCCCCAGUUCACAUGGCAUGCUGUACUUCUAACUUGUGACAUCAAUGUUUUGACUUAACUUUGAGCUACUCCUCUAAGUAUGAACUCACAAUGUCGUUUCCUCUUAAUUAGCACUUUUGUGAAACUUCAUUUUCAGCACAUUCAGGGGAUCUAAGUUCUAUAAAGCAUCUUCUUGAUGUUGAUAGAUAUGAUAAGCUGAAAUGUCCAUGCCAUAAAGAAGACUUGGCUUCUUCAGGCAUGUUGGUGUUUCAGUAUUUUACACUUAAUUUAAGUUUUGAGCAAACAUCAACUCUGGUUUUAUUAUUUUUCAUAACUGAAACUAACCAUUAACCACAUCCUGGACCUCCAGGGCUGCCCAAGCCAAGCUUUCACCACAUCGCCAGUCGGGGUAGGCUGGCGAACUUCCUGCAUCAACCGGGUUGGUUUCCUCAUUAAGUCUUUUCAAAUUGAACUGGAGCGCAUUGAAAUCGAUGGGAAUGUAGAAAUCGCAAGAUGAAGGUGAGGAGGAGCAAACAGAGGUCGAGGAAAGAGUUGGUGUUUUGCUGCUGCUGCCACCUUCAGCUUUAUAAAUUAAACACUGAAUGACACGUACCUCUGGUGGUGAUCCAGUAAGUAGUUUUAUAACUCUGUAUCCGAUCUUUGGUUUAGUGUCGGUCUGUGGUUUCACAUUCAGUACCAGCAGCAGUAGCAAUAGCUCCGUUAUCAUCUAAAAGAGCUCCUCGCGCCGCUUGUCUCUGAUGUUUGUCCCAGUGUCUAUAGCUCUGUGUGACACCGGACUGGUCUUCAGUCCUGGUCUUCAGUCCUGGUCUUCAGUCCUGGUCUUCAGUCCUGGUCUUCAGUCCUGGUCUUCAGUCCGGUGUCAUUUCGUUCAGUACCUGCAGCAGUAGCAGUAGCAUUUCAAAUAGGUUCCAGUGCUCCACAUCUAAUGUUUCUCCGAUCAUCUUUAGCUCACUAGCUGGUGGUAGCUGGGUUUAGGCACUUUUUGGAUAAAAAAUGUUGGCAUAUUUGUUUUUAGCUUGUGAACGUAACGACCACCUGUUAGAGCCUUUGCCGGUUUUGCUCGUAAAAAUGUCUCGUCUUCUGGAGAGAAACGCACUUAGGUUCUUUGGAAGUCCUGUCUGAUAUCACAAACAACAAUUUUGUAAUUAAUAGGAAAAUUGCAAUAUAUUUAGACGAACAUGUUCAACUAAUCAUGGAUCCCUUUAAGAAUGUUUUCCUCAUGUAAUUUAUCUUAAGCCGUUCAAUUAAAAAACAAACAAAUCUGUUUGAAGGGAAAUCUGAAAUAACGAAAAAGUGCAAUAGCAUAGUUGGUUAGGGGUUUACAGGCUUAAAAUAACACUGUUGAAGCAGAAACUAAACACAUUUUAAUGUGUAGAUUUUGAGAGCCACUUUAUAAACCCCUCUGCCCCACUCUUUUGUUUUAUUUUUACUUCAGUGAAGCUAUGCAACUCCCCUGACCAAACAUACUUCACUGAAGGUAUGUUUUUGGUGAAUGGCAUAUUUUUACCUCUGUUAAUGCUCACGUUUUUACAAAUGUUUUCAUGCCUGUACAAAAGUGAAAAAGUUCCGUUUUUUAUUAUUUAAAAAAGAAACUUUUUAACAUAAUCCAAUGUUUACUUUAACUUUCCAGUCACUGGAAGGGACAGUUGUCUUCUAUAUGCCUUUCAAAGACAGUUGUUCUAGAGCAGGGGUCCCCAAUCUUUUUCCUGUGAGGGCCACAUAACGUUUUCCUUCUCUGGUCGGGGGCCGGAGUCAGUUUGUAACUGAACAAGUGAGACGAUUGCUUGUAUUGUAUUGUUUUCCAGAAAGCACAAUCAAAUAACCCUCUCUGGGUUCUUCGCAGAACAAAAGUCAGGAAA